GGCAAUGCAGGUGGCCCCAUCAGUGACUUGGUCAGUGGUCUGGUCCGAGUGGACGUCUCCUCUGUGGAUGCUCAGGAAGAUUUGAUGGACAGCUGAGAACCCCCGCAGCAGAUUUUGAGCAUCUUAGGAACGUAUUAUCUGCUGCUAGAUCUAUAUUUACUUUUUCUUAAUGGAGGAGCGGCCAUGUUACUGAAACUGACGCACUAUUGAUGACCAAAGUUUGGAGAAGUGAUCCUGGUCAACAUAGGCGACCUCAACUCUUACCUCAACUCCACAUGGAAUGAAUGCCAACAGUAUGCCUAAACAAGUGGAGGUGAGGAUGCACGAGAGUCACCUGGAGCCCAUCGAGGCUCGGCCUCAGUCCAAAUGUGCCAGACUGUGUUCCAAGUUGUUCAAGAACCUUCUGCUCACUCUCACCGUCCUUGGUGUGAUCUUGGGAGCGGUGGCAGGGAUGUUGCUUCGUGUUGCCUCCCCAAUUCACCCGGACAUCGUCAUGGUGAUCGCCUUUCCUGGAGAUAUCCUCAUGAGGAUGUUGAAGAUGUUGAUUCUGCCUCUUAUCAUCUCCAGUUUAAUCACAGGUCUAGCAGGUUUGGAUGCAAAAUCCAGUGGGCGUCUGGGCACCAGGGCGAUGGUCUACUACAUGUCCACCACUAUUAUUGCCGCCAUUUUGGGAGUCAUCCUGGUGUUAGUCAUCCACCCUGGCAAUCCCAAACUGAAGGAGAACCUGGGAGAGGGCGAGAAAAACGACGACGUGUCCAGCUUGGAUGCCUUCUUUGAUUUGAUCAGGAACCUGUUCCCCGAGAAUCUGGUGCAGGCUUGCUUUCAACAGAUCCAAACGGUGACAAAGAAGGUGGAAGUGGUUGUUGAGGAGAAUGUCAACGCCACCUCCAUGGAGGGCUUGUUGGCAAAUAUUACCAAGGAGCCUCAGUUCGUCGUCAAAAAGUCCCUGCAGUUCAAGAGUGGCAUGAAUGUUCUGGGUUUGAUUGGUUUCUUUAUUGCUUUUGGCAUCUGUAUGGGCAAGAUGGGCGAGAGGGCCAGAUUGAUGAUUGAGUUUUUCAACAUCCUCAAUGAGAUCGUGAUGAAACUUGUCAUCCUGAUCAUGUGGUAUUCCCCCUUUGGUAUUGCCUGCCUGAUCUGUGGUAAGAUCAUCUCCAUCAAAGACUUGGAGGUGGUGGGCAGACAACUGGGCAUGUACAUGGUCACUGUGAUCGUUGGCCUCAUCAUCCAUGGAGUUAUCUUCCUGCCCAGCAUCUAUUUUGCCAUUGUCAGGAAGAAUCCUUUCAAAUUCUUCUUGGGUAUCUUCCAGGCCUGGAUCACUGCCCUUGGAACUGCCUCCAGUGCCGGCACACUGCCUGUCACUUUCCGCUGUCUGGAGGAGAAUUUGGGAAUUGACAAGAGAGUCACUCGUUUCGUUCUUCCGGUCGGUGCCACCAUCAACAUGGACGGAACUGCUCUGUACGAGGCCGUGGCUGCCAUCUUUAUCGCCCAGAUGAAUGGUAUCCACCUGGACCCUGGUCAGAUUGUCACUGUCAGUCUCACUGCUACACUCGCCAGUGUUGGAGCUGCCAGUAUUCCCAGUGCCGGACUGGUGACCAUGCUCUUGAUCCUGACUGCUGUGGGGCUGCCAACCCAGGACAUCAGUCUGCUGGUUGCUGUUGACUGGCUGCUGGAUCGGUUCAGGACCUCUGUGAAUGUGGUUGGAGACUCGUACGGUGCAGGCAUCGUGUACCACAUGUCCAAGGCGGAGCUUGACGAGCUGGACGCGCAGGCGGCUAAAUCGGACGACAUCGAAAUGAUGACGAAGACCCAGUCUUAUUACGACGACAUGAAGAACCACCACGAAAACAAUUCCAACCAGUGCGUCUUAACGCCUACCGCAAAUGCUAACCCUUCUGUUGUAGUAGAUGAAUGCAAGGUAACCUCGGCCACAAACGGCUCUGCAGCGGAGUGCACGCUUGUUGAGGAGGAACCAUGGAAACAUGAAUAAUGGCAGCAAAGUGAUCCCCCUGCCCCUGGGCUCCUCAAGCUUUCCUAUAUGGUGAAAAAUAGGAGUGAAUGGAAAAAAAACAAAAAAACGUCACGUGAACAGACCUACUAAUUGUUUAUUAUGUAGUCUAGUUUUCAUUUGUAUUAGUCCCUUUAAGAUGUUUUUGUAACUGUUUCUCUGACUGAUAUAUCUACAGUAUACCACUAAUUCACUUAACCGUGAAAUAAUAACAGCACAAUUAUGUCCUUAAUAGCAGACUCUUGCACAACACACUUCAAGACUGAGGGAGGGAAGAAAGGAAAAGAACAAAACAAACCCUACUGUACACUACUGCUAGCAAUAGAUUCCACUUCUGCUUUUCUACCAAGCACAAACCUCAAAGCAUCUCAGAGGAAUGGGGAUUUAAUGGAGGUUGUCAUGGCGACCGCUUCCUUCCUUUUCUUCCUUUUUUUCUUUAGUACCACCACAAGCACACCUGCCAACAUCCUCACUCUUGUUCUCGGAAUGCACCUGGCUACAUUUCACCUAAUAUUACCCGGAAUUCCUGGGGAAGCCACAAAUUGAGUCAUGCUGAGCCUCACAUGAGAAUAUUCACGAUGGAACAUUUAAGCACAAUGUGUUCUUGUUUCGUUUACUUUACUCUCGAAAAAGGGACAUUUUACUCCUGUAUUCGACCUCUAUGUGUGUCGGUGUGUGACUGUGUGUGAGCAUGUGUGUGUGUGUGUGUGUGUGUGUGUAUUCGGAGAGAGUUGGUAACACGAACAAGUGAGUUACUGGGACCAAACAGGCAGGUAAAAUAGACUCAUAAAGUCUCCAAACUGCCACAUUUACACAAAUACAAUCAGUUUUUCCUACAAAGUCUCAAUAUUUACGGGAAAGCUUGUCACUGCCCACAAUGAUGUAACGUCAACAGAAAUGACACAAAUCAAACUGACAGGUGUAAUUCCAUUAUGGCACAAUUGACUUGGCACAAAAAUAAGAUGCACUUAUUUGCGCAGGGCCCCACGAUCCACGAGGGCCCUGUUUUUCAUGAAAAAGGCCUAUCUAAAGUCGCAAACAGAGUAAGACAGGGCGCUUCAUAUGAAAUGUUACCGGAAACAUAUUCCUGUGGCCUCUUCCUGCUCUGGCAUUGGAAAUAAUAUGAUGUCAAAUUUAAUCAGUUGUCUUCUGUGGCGCAUAGUCUUAGUACUGUCAGGAUUGUGCAACUUAAUGCUAAAUGUGUUGGCUUAUUUGCCAUGAAUUUGUACACAAAUUAAAUUCCAGUUUGAUUUAAAAAAUUAAAUAAAAUUUAAAAAAAGUAUAAAAAUGGUUUGACAUCAACGAAAAUUAAUGUAUCCUUUGUUAAUGUUCACAACAGACCUAACUUGUACAUCCUCAGCACAACAUUAUGAAUAUUUGAUGAAAAAAAAUAUAUUACUUUUGGUACACACCUGCACAAAAAAGAGCAAAUGUUUACAACAUCCAGGGGGAGGACUUAUGUGCAUCACCUAAAAGUUACUUUAAGUUCUGAUGGGACUCGGAUACGAGUAUAAAGUUAGCACCAUUUGGCUGCCGGGUGGUAUUUUUAACAAGCACAAACACAGACGCACUCCGGAUAUUUAUACUCAGCUUUUGGAGGAGUCUCGUUUCGCCACGUGUACAAAGGCAAACAUUGCCUAUUUUCAGCCGCCAGAGCUCAAGACUGUUUCUACAAACCCUAGAUGCUGCAGCUGUGCGCCCAUAUCCAAGAAUCCACUCAUAGCCGAACAGGGAACACAUUCACUUGACAAUAAUGAUAAUAAUAAUAAUAAAACGUACUCCUUUAGUACAAACUACGACGCAAAUGGACCAGUCCGUAUGAGUGAUUUCUGUGUCUUCGUAUCCUUGUCUCUUCACUUGUGUUUGACGACGACUUGGCCUUGACGAUGUUUGCGUGGACGAGAAUAGAACAUAAACGUGGAGUGCAGCUCUCAAAGCGCGCACUCAGUCCUCGUAACGAAGUGACACACACGCGGUCAUUUAUUGAAGGUUGCCCAAGAGCACAGUCCUGGCCAUCAGGACCAUGGACAGCAUCAGGAUGAGAGUUCAAACUCACUAUUUUUAAAAAGCAUGAGUAAAAUGAAACAAAACUUCUUUUUUUUUUUUUUUUGCACCACUAUCUUAAAAAGCAUGAUAUUUGAAGUGCCUCCUUGCACUUUUGUGUAUAUAUUGUAGUCAACAGUAUUUUGUUGUUAUUUGAUUUCAUCUCUUUGUCCCUUCUGGGGAUUGUUGAAAUGGUAUAUAGAAUAUAGUUACAUUUUUAAUGUAAUCCUCUAGGAAAAAUGUAUCAUCUACUGUAUGUCCUAAGUAGAAUUAGCUUAGACAAACUGCAGGAAAUUGUGUAUUAAAUUGCUUGUUUGUUCUUUUUUUGUAUUCUCUAAUAAUGGUUAACUAGCUGCUUUACUUCUCUGUCACUCAACAAUAUACAGUAUAAAUAUCUUUUUUUUUUUUUUUUGUAUCUAAUGUAAGCCUUUUGAAUGUUUGUUCAAUGAUGAUCCGCAGUGUGCAUUCAUAUCAUUGUAUAUACAUAAAUAUAUAAAUGUUCUGUUCCGUGGCAAUACAAAAUAGCCUGAAGCACAAACAUUUGCAUGGGGGGGAGGGAGGGAGGGGCAACAAGAUGGUGAGAACGAGAAGAAAGAGAGCGAAGAAGGAAGCCUUCCUGGUUUGUUGAAAGUGACUUAUGGGAAAUGUGAGAAACGUUGUUGAGAAGAAGGUACAAAUUUGCCCUGUAUGUAGGCUAGAGGGAAGGAACACAUGUCAUAUUUACAAAUACCACUUUCUAGUGUUGAGCAACGUUCCUCAGGUGAAUCAUAGUGUCUGUCCCAUGAUGAAGAUUUGCCUUCGCUCAUAUACGGCAUCCUCCUGAGCGCCAGUGUCCUCUGCAGUGGACAUUUCUGUUUUGCAUAGGCUGAUUUUUUUCGGAACUGUGUAACUAUGACAUCAAAAAUAUAGCGGGGGAAAAUAAAAAGGUCCACUACGCUGGCGCUCAAGAUGAUAUAUGCAUCAUAACUUCCUGAGGGCAAGCGUCCACUGCAGUGGACAGUCGUAUUUCGCAUAACAGACCUAUUUCUUUAUGAAAUUUUCAGCACACAAAAGAAAUAUAGUGAAACAAACUAAUGUCCAAUGUAGUGGACAGUCGUAUUUCGCAUAACAGACCUAUUUCUUUAUGAAAUUUUCAGCACACAAAAGAAAUAUAGUGAAACAAACUAAUGUCCAAUGUAGUGGACAGUCGUAUUUCGCAUAACAGACCUAUUUCUUGACUACAUUUCCAGCACACAAAAGAAAUAUAGCAAAAAAAACAAACAAAUGUCCACUGUAGUGGAAACUGACUCUCAAGAGGAUAUAUGCAUUUAUACCUCCUGAGAGCAAACGUCCACUGCAGUGGACAUUCAAAUUUCGCAUAACAGACCUAUUUCUUGACUAAACUUCCAGCACACAAAAGAAAUAUAGCGGAAAAAACAAAUUUCCACUGUAGUGGACGCUGGCGCUCAAGAGGAUAUAUGCAUCAUAACUUCCUGAGAGCAAGCGUCCACUGCAGUGGACAUUCGAAUUUCGCAUUAACAGACCUAUUUUUUGACGAAAUUUCCAGCACACAAAGGAAUUAUAGCGAAAAAAAACAAAUGUCCACUGUAGUGGACGCUGGUUCUCAAGAGGAUACAUGCAUCAUAACUUCUUGAGAACAAACGUCCACUGCAGUGGACAUUUGUAUUUCGCUUUACAGACCUACGUCUUGACGAAAUUUCUAACACACAAAAUGAAUAUAGUGAAAAAAACAAUUGUCCACUGUAGUGGACACUAGCUCUCAAGAGGAUAUAUGCAUCUUGACUUCCUGAGAGCAAACGUCCACUGCAGUGGACAUUCGUAUUUCGCAUAACAGACCUAUUUUUUGACGAAACUUCCAGCACACAAAAUAAAUAUAGCAAAAAAAACAUAUGUCCACUGUAGUAGACGCUGGCUUUCAAGAGGAUAUAUGCAUCAUAACUUCCUGAGAGAAAGCGUCCUCUGCAGUGGACAGUCGGAUUUCGCAUAACUGACCUAUGUCUUUACGAAAUUUCGAACACAAAAAAGAUAUAGCAAAAAAACAAUUGUCCACUGCAGUGGACGCUGACUCUCAAGAGGAUGUAUAUGCAUCUUGACUGCCUGCGCGCAAACGUCCACUGCAGUGGACAGUCGUAUUUCGCAUAACAGACCUAUUUGUUUACGAAAUUUCCAGCACACAAAAGAAAUAUAGCGGGAAAAAAAAUAUUGUCCACUAUAGUGGACACUGACUCUCAAGAGGAUAUAUGCAUCAUAACUUCCUGAGAGAAAGCGUCCACUGCAGUGGACAGUCGUAUUUCGCAUAGCAAAAAAAACAAAAUAAAUUAGCGACAAAAACAAAUGUCCACUACAUAGGACACUGGUUUUAAAGGAGGAUAUUUGCAUUGUAACCUCCUGAGAGCAAGUGUCCACUGUAGUGGACAUUUGCGUUUCGCACAACGGAGCUAUUUCUUUACGACAUGUCUAACCCUGACAAAAGAAUUACAGCAACAAAUUGAAUGUCCACUAUAGUGGACAUUUGUGUUUGCCAUAACAGAGCUAUUUUUUUCAAGAUCUGACAGAAUAAGUGUAACAGGACAAUGUCUACUGUAGAGCACGCUGGUUCUCAGAAGGACAUAUGCAUCACAACCUAGCGUGCGCCACAGUGGACAUUUGUAUUUUGCCUAACAGAGCCAUUUAUUUUUGAAAUGUUUAACUCUGACAAAAUAAAUAUUGCUAAAAAACAAAUAUCCACUGCAGAGGAUGCUGGUUCUCAGGAGGAUAUAUGCAUCAUAACCAAGCCUCGUCCGCAGUGGACAAUUGUGUUUUAUUUAUAUUUCUUUCCAAAAUUCAAAAUACAUUUAGCAAACAUUGGCCAUUAGAUGGCAUUAUCUUUCAGAAGGACAUAUGUAUUAUAACUAUAACCGCCUAACAACAAGCGUCCACUGCAGUGGACUUUUGGGUUUUGCAUUACAGAGCUAUUUCUCUCCAAAAUCACAAAAAAAGUAUAGCCAGAUCUAUUUCCUUUCAGAAAUUCAAACUCAGACAGAAUAUAUAUAGCGGAAAAAACAAAUGUCCACUGUAGAGGACGCUAUGCAACACAACCAUCUGAGAAGUGUCCUCUGCAGUGGACAUUUGUGUUUGCAUAACAUGGCUAUUUUCUUCGGAAAUGUGUAACUUUGAUGAAAGAAAUGUAGUAAAACAAAUGUCUACUGUCGAGGACGCUAGUUCUCAGGAGGAUGCAUCAUAUGCAUCACAACUUUCUGAGAGCAAGCGUCCACUGCAGUGGACAUUCAAAUUUUGCAUAACAGACCUAUUUGUUGACGAAAUUUCUAACACACAAAAGAAAUAUAGCAAAAAAAAAAAAAACAAUUGUCCACUGGAGUGGACGCUGACUCUCAAGAGGAUAUAUGCAUCUUGACUUCCUGAGAGCAAACGUCCACUGCAGUGGACAGUCGUAUUUCGCAUAACAGACCUAUUUGUUUAUGACAUUUCCAGCACACAAAAGAAAUAUAGUGGAAAAAAACUCAUGUCCACUGUAGUGGACGCUGGCUCUCAAAACGAUAUAUGCCUAUAACCGCCUAAAAACAAGCGUCCACUGCAGUGGACUUUUUGGGUUUUGCAUAACAGAGCUAUUUCUCUCCAAAAUCACAAAAAAAGUAUAGCCAGAUCUAUUUCCUUAAUAAAUAUAGCGGAAAAAACAAAUGUCCACUGUAGAGGACGCUAUGCAACACAACCAUCUGAGAGCAAGUGUCCUCUGCAGUGGACGUUUGUGUUUGCAUUGUGUGACUUUGAUGAAAGAAAUGUAGUAAAACGAAUGUCUACCGUCGAGGACGCUAGUUCUCAGGAGGACACAAGUAUUUGACCUGGUGCUUGGAUGGUAGCGUUAUCUCCAGACCGCUCUUAUCCGCGUUAUCGCCACACAUGCAACAAACAGUAUAUGAGAUACAGUGUACUCACAGUAUAUAACAUACAGUAUAAAGGUAGUUUAUACUGUAACAUACAGUACACAUACAGCAUAGUGCGACUCUGUCAUGCCUUCAACAUACAACAUAUCCUGUAGUUUCCUGCCUUUACCCGCUUGCCUUUUUCCACAUUCUACGCAAUGCACAAUAUGCACAGAAAACCCACCUGAUACCUACGGAAACAAUAUUUGCAUCAAGAGCCAGUAACUUUUGUCCUUUUCUAUUGAAACGUGUCUUUUUUGAAAGCAACCCCUUGAUAAUAACCCACCUGUCGAGAAGAACUUGCCUUCCCGAUCUUACUUUUCGAGGCCUUCCCUUCCUAGUGAAGCUUUUAUCUCGCUCUGUUUUCGAUGUAAAGGCAGAAAGUACCGAGAAAAAUAUAUAAAAAUAAAAACACACAACUUCUUUCCUCGAUGUUGAAAAAAAUCUGUUUCUACAUAUCUAAAUGUGUUGUACCUUUGGUGUACAUAUACAAAUAUAACUAAUAAAUGUUGAUUCAUAACUAA